UAUCAAAUUGUAUAGUGGAAAAUUAAUUGAAAAUAAUAAAUCCAAGCUAAAGACACUAUAAUAAAGAAACAAGUAUAUAGCCUAAUAGCCAUAUAGGAAGGUGGAGGGUGAAUCAUGAAAGUUGGCCUCAUAAAUCUCAAUCUCAAAUCCAAGCAAUGCAACCAUAAAUUCACAAAAAGCAAAGCAAAGCAAACCCUCUUCCUGGCUUCUCCCUCUUUUUCUUGCCCUUCUUUAACUUGCAACCACCUAUCUGCUUUUCCAGCACUUGUGCUUUGAAACUAACCCAUGUGACCUUAGUUAACCUUGAAAUAGAUAAUUCAAACUGUUUUUUCUUUCUUCCCAACAAUGGCCAAAACAACAAAUCCUAGGAAGCUCACAAAAGAAGUUCACAGAACAAGAAGAAGUCAACCUCCUUCACAGAGGAAAGAUGACAAAGAAAAGCAGCAGCAGCAGCUUCAGCCGCAGCCGCAAUCGCAAUCGCAAGCAUUACCUUCGUGGGUGGUAAUGAGGAACAUUCUCACUUGCAAGCACCUCGAAGUGGAGCAACAACCACAGCAAGAGCAAGCAUCACUAUCCAAGAAAAAGAAACAACAAAAGAAAAAACUUGCGGAAAAACCAGCAAUACAGGAGGAAAACAGCAAGAAGAAUAAGAAAAUGAAGUGUUCAGGGUCACUCUGCAACAACACAAAAGUGAUGCAGAGGCCUGAACCAGCUUCCCCAGAAACACUUCAGAGAAAAAGCAGGGGUGGUCCUACCCAUGCUAGCACUAGCACCACCAGUAGCAGCAGCCAUGAAGGAUCAAAUCGAUCAAUCAAAUCUCCUGUUUUGAGUGACCUUAGUAAUAACAAUACUAACAAUAAUGGGGUCUUACUUAAAUCAUCUUCUUCUAACAGCACUACUGCUGCUAAUUACUCCAUCAAAGGGAUUCCAUUUAGAAGACUUUCAGGGUGUUAUGAGUGUAGAAUGGUUGUUGAUCCUGUUUUGUCUUUCACUAGAGAUCCUUCUCUUAGAGCUACUAUUUGUUCUUGUCCUCAUUGUGGUGAAGUUUUCAUGAAACCUGAGAAUUUGGAGCUUCAUCAAGCUGUCAGGCAUGCAGUAUCUGAACUGGGUCCUGAGGAUACAAGUAAGAAUAUAGUAGAGAUUAUAUUCCAAUCAAGCUGGCUAAAGAAGCAAACUCCAGUAUGCAAAAUUGAUAGAAUUCUUAAAGUCCACAACACCCAAAAGACCAUCAACAAGUUUGAGGAAUAUAGGGACUCAAUUAAGUUUAAGGCAACAAGGCUCCCUAAAAAACAUGCUAGGUGCAUAGCUGAUGGAAAUGAGCUUCUAAGGUUCCAUUGCACCACAUUUAUGUGCUCCCUAGGUUUAAAUGACUCCUCCAACCUUUGCAAUUCCAUCCCACAUUGCAAUGUUUGUAGCAUUAUUAAAAAUGGAUUUAAGCUAGCCGAUGAGGGGCCUACAGGCAAAGGCAUACUAACGACUGCCACGAGUGGGCGAGCUCAUGAUCGAGCUGAUGUUGGUUCAGAGGAGCAGGAGAGUAGGGCAAUGCUGGUGUGCCGAGUGAUUGCCGGCCGGGUCAAGAAGAGCCCAGAAGGCGGUGGGUCAGAGGAGUAUGACUCGGUGGCCGGAGCAACAGGACUAUAUUCAAAUUUGGAUGAGUUGUAUGUUUUCAACCCCAAGGCAAUUCUGCCUUGUUUUGUUGUUAUCUAUAGGGGGUUUUAGAUGUUUGGGCUGGAAAUCUUAAAUUAGUGUAGAUUAUUUCUACAUGCUUUGGUUACUGUAUAUCUUCAGCUUUGAGUAGGGCAACGUUUUAAUGAUAUUUUGUACUAUAUGCAAUAUGCAUGGAAAUGGUAGCCCUUGGUUAGAAGACCCAAGCAAUGCAAGUUAAGAUUGUUCUAAUCUGGCCUCAGUCAACUCUUAAAAAAAAAUGAAAAAGACCAGCUACCAACUUAGCAAGUGAGUAAUGACAUUUUUGGUUUUAAAUAAUUUCAUUUCAUUUCAUUAAUAACUUGAUAAGUUUAUUUCAAAAGUAUAAUGACAGAAGUUAGAUGAUUUAUAGUACUGGUUUGGAGACUCUUGAGAAGUAAAGAGAGAAAAUGAAAGCUGAUAUUCAUUGAAAAUUGUCUUAUUAAGAGAAAUAGUUAUGAUAGAAAAGGGAUAUAAGAAACCUGGUCGGUUUGGCAUGAAUAGAUGUCCUAGAAAUAGAUAAUGGAGUGAAAAAGAUGUCACUGCAACUCACAAAUGGAAAAUAUUAGCACAUUGCCUGUGUUUGUUAGUUGUGAUACAGAUGCCAUAAACUAGCUAGAUGUGGUCCAAUCUAACAAUAUUAUUGCCCCCUAUAAAAACGCCCAACCAAACAAAAUUAUUGACCCUAUAAAUUAAAUACACCAAAUCCAUGCUUCUUUGAGUAAUCAAACCCAAUACUUCGACCUCUAAAUGGGAAUUAUGAUGAGUGUUCAACAUAGCAUUAUUCUACAUUUAGUCUUAAAAAACGAAUUUAACAUGUUCAUUAUAAAUAAAAGUUGAAAAUAAUCGAUGUUAAAAGAAGUAAACAAAAGCGUAUGACUGUAUGUAUGUAUUACUUGGGGAAGCAGGGAGUUAAUAGUUGAAGUUGAUGAUGAUUCUUGAAUUGUACAACCAAGGGGCAAAGGCCAGGCCUGCUAAUACAAAUGCAGUAGACAGUAGCAGUUUGAUAAGUAUAAUGAUGUUGAAAUAACAAAAAUGAAGCAAUGUUGUAUGGGCGUACAGCUGCUGUUAAGUGUUUGAUACCAAAAACCAAAAAGGCACGGCCCCCCCUAAUAAGCAAGACUGGUUAUUAAAGUUAAUGAGGUCAAUUAUCCAGAUUCCUUACAACACUUGGCAUACAGCGUGUCAUAUGGAUUGAGUUACCACAGCUUAAUCCAAGUCUUCCUUAUAUAUAUAAAUUACUGCCGGGGUCAAACAAGAAACAACUGCCUUGAUUUCUAUUGCUCAUUCUCAAUUGCAAAUUUUUUUUUUUUUUUUUUUUUUUUUUUUUUUUUUUGUGA